CAAAUCCCUUCUACGCUGUCCGGGCCAGGCCAGCCAAGCGUUCGUUUUGGGAAUGAGGUUCAACGAGACGAGAGGCAACUCAUUUCUCUCUACACAGCAAAGCAAAGAGAGGAAUUCUUUUUUCACAACAGCAAACCAAACAACGACAUAUCAUUCUUGCAGAGCAGCAAGAAUGCUAUUUAUCUGAGAGACUCAUUCUUCUACGUUCACAACAGUAGAAUCAAUCUCUCUUUCUUUCUUAUUAUCAUUCGGAUCAGCGUCUUUGGUAGCAGAAGAAGCGCCAAAAAGUCCCUGAUCAACCAAAAGUUUGUGACUGAACACCAAAAACAACGGCGAGUUCAGUCAAAUCAAGUCCUUCUUAUCUUUCCCCAACAGGAACAAUUAAGAUAAUGGCACAAUAUAACCCACAAGCUCAACAAGGCGGAGGUGGGCGUGGAGGUGGCGGUCGCGGGUAUCAAGGCCGUGGAGGCGGAGGGCCUCAACAUCAGGGACGUCCCGUGGGAGCUUGGCAAACAUCAGCUCCUACUUCGUCCCUGCAACAAGCUGCUUAUGGCAGACAGCAACAGCAGGGUGGCUACCAUCAUCACAACCAGCAUCACCACAAUCAACAAAAUUAUAGCCAACACCACCAUCACAACCAACAUCUCCCAAAUGCGGUACCUCCACAUGGAGGGCCACCAGGUCCUUAUGCCGGCGUCCACGUUGCUCCCCCUCAUCAUCAACAGCAUCACUAUAAUCCAUACGCCCACCAGGGAUCGUAUCGUGGAGGACAGCCUCAGCCUGGUGGCUGGCAGCAGGCUGCAUACCCACAAGGAGGGGUCUAUUAUCCUCCUGCUACCGCGCAUCCACCAGCAGCUGCUGCCGCGGCUCCGGUCGUGCAACCUCCAAAACCCAGAGAAAAGAAGCCUUUGCUCAUCACGGAUAAGCACGGUAACGUCCCAGACUGGUCCAAAAAGGGCACCAAAUCGUCUCUUCGGGCCGCUGUGGCUGCCGAGAGGGGAGAGACGGACGAAAAGCGUUCGGAUGCCGGAUCCAAGCUCAAAGAGGCAGCGCUAGCGGCACUGAAUCAAACAGACGAAGCUGACAAGCCCAAGGAAACCCCGAAAGACGAAACUGGCGACUCGCCAAAGCCCACGGAAGAAACCCCAGAACCCAAAGAGGAACCUCCGAAGGAAGAAAAGGCGGCUCCUGCUCCCACUCCUCCUCCUGCUCCUCCUGCAAAACCCGUCGAAGAGCCCCCGAAGAAGCCAGAAGAAAAGGCGGCCCCUGCACCGGCGCCUGCUCCCGAAAAGGAACCCGAGCCAGCCCCAGAACCACCAAAACCAGUCGAAGAGCCUCCGAAGCCAGCCUCAGAACCUCCGAAAGCGACUCCAGAGCCACCAAAACCAGUCGAAACUCCCGCACCGGAACCACCGGCCAAGGAAGAAAAGAAGGAGGAACCCCCCAAGCCAGCUACAAAAACACUCGCAGAACUUGCUGCUGCGGCACCGCCACCAUCCGCAAAGCCGCUUUCGGCAGCCGCGGCAGUCAAGUCGGGCAAUGGCUCGUCGUUGGCGGCAGCAGCUACAAAGAAGCCCAACAUGGCAGCAGUGGCAGCUGCACCAGCUCCUUCUCCCGCCAAAGUUGGUCUUCGUCCUGGGGGCAAGACUCGUUCGACGCCUGCACCCUCCGGCAAAGGGCGUAUUGUGUUCGACAAGAAGUCUCUGAUGAAAUACAAGAGCUGCGAGUCAUGCUUGCAACGGCCCGAAAGUCUCCCUGAUAUGACGAUUGUCAAGGGACCAGCCAAGCCACAAGGUGGCGGUGGCGGCGGCGGUGGAGGCAACAAUCGCAACCGCGACGGAGGUGGCGGUCGGCGGGACUGGGACCGCGGACAACAACAACCUCGAAGAAGAGGAAGUCAACAAGGAAACAAUAACAACAAUGACAACUGGACACGUGGUAAUGAGCCUCCCAGGAACAAAAAUUCAAGAAAUAAUAAUCGCCGUGGCAGCCAAGGUAAUCAACCUCCGCUCUAUGAUGGACCGGUGGCGCCACUUGUCAAAUCUGCAAAUGGAUGGAAGCCGACAAAGGAUAAUUCACCUCUCGCGGCAGCGGAGAAACAAGUCAAGAGUAUCCUGAACAAGAUGACGAAGGAGAAAUUUGACCGUCUGAGUACACAAAUGAUUGAAAUUCAGGUUCUCAGUUAUGACAUGCUCACAAUGAUGCUUCACAAUGUCUACGAAAAGGCCAUCGAUGAACCUUCCUUUGGUGAGAUGUACGCGGAAUUAUGUGUCAAAAUGUCCAAGGGAGCCACUCAAGCCAACAAUGACUUCGUCAAGUUGAUUGAAAGUGAUGAAGAACCGCCGACCGAAGGUGAUGCCGCCCCAGCUUCCCAGCAGUCCCAAAGCAGCUCUCACAUCGUGUAUCGGUGGAGUAAUGAUGUUAGCACAACUGAUGAUGAAGUUGUGGGACCUUUCCCGAAUGCUGAUGCUUGUGUCAAUGCCGCACUCGAAGGGUCCGGUGAACCACAAAAACGGGGUGAAAUGGUAUUGGAGUUGGUGAAAUUGAUCAUCAAGCAGGGCGUCUUUGUCAAAGUCAUGAAAAAGAAGGAUGCCAGCCCAAGCGAUGGUGACAUCUUCUACACGGUCUACUUCAAUGUCGACGAAGCCGAGGAGUGUGGCCAACAACUGUCGGAGAUCUUCCUGAGCGAGGUCGAGUGCAUUUCAAAUGCCAAGAAGUUUAACAGCUUCAAGCGUUCUCUUCUCAACAAGUGUGAGGAUGAGUUCAAGAAGAAGGAGAUUUUUGCUGACUGGGAGAAGGAGAAGAAGGAGUAUGAGGAGAAAAAGAGCACCUUCACACCUGCCCAGCAAGCGGAGAAGGAGGAGGACUUUGAAUUUCGCCGACUCAAAAUCAAGAAGCAGAAGCUUGGAAAUGCCAAAUUCAUUGGUCAGCUCUACAAGGCAGGUCUUCUCAAGGAGAAGAUUGUGAGGUUUUGUGUCAGUGAUCUUCUGAAGCUUGAAGAGUUGACGGAGGUCAGGUCGAAGAACCCCGAGUACAAGGACAGCUGUGACUACCAAAUCGACCUAGAGGACCACGAAGCAAUUUGCAGUUUGUUCUCGACAGUGGGUAAUACUAUUGAUCACAAAACAGCUGCUGAUUUCAUGAAGGUUUGCUUUAACAAAAUCUACAAGCUCAGUGUGGACCAGAAGAACUUGCCUGCUCGCUCCCGAUUCAUGUACAAGGACUUGAUUGAGUUGCGAGAGAACAGAUGGGUUCCUCGCCGCGAUGAGGGCAAAGCCAAGAGUCUGGAAGAAAUUCGCAAGGACUUUGAGCGAGAAGAAAAGAAGCAGGCACAACAGUCACAGCAGGGCUAUCGCAAUGAUCGAAAUGACAACCGACGAGGCAGCCAGCAGACUGGUGGCUAUGACAACCGACGCGGGGGCAACUACGGUGGACGUGGAGGAGGCGGUGGUGGUGGUGGCAGGAAUCGCCCAAGUGCCAAACCAGCACAAGAAACUGAUGAUGAUGGUUUCACUGUUAUUGGUCGUGGAGGCAACAAGGGCCACUUCCAAUCUGGUGGAGGUGGUGGCGGCGGCGGUGGUGGUCGUGGGAACUCUCAACCAAAACAACAGUCCAUGCCCAAGUCAGGUUCGAAAUCAAAUUUUUCUUCCCUCAAUAAUGAAAACAGGAGUAAGUCACCUCAGCAGGGCAGGAGAAGCAAGUCACCUACAGGCGCACCAAGCACACCAGCUCCGGCUGCGCUAUCGCCAGAGAAACUGGAGCGUCGCAUCAAGAGCAUGCGGUCUGAGUUCAUGCAAGACGGAAACAUUGAUGAGCUCCUCCUCUCAAUGGACGAGUUGAGUGGAACACCGGAUGCAGGCCAAACUCUUGUCUUGAAGAGUGCUGAUUCUCUGUUGGAGUGCAAGGAGGCUGAACGCAAGGCAAUAACAGACACCAUUCGGAUACUAUACGAGAAGAAGAAGCUGUCGAAGGAUGAUAUUCGGAAUGGGUUGGUUGACUGCAUUGAGUUUAUUGAUAGUAUGGUCUGUGACUGUCCCAAGGUGUUUGAGUAUGUUGCUGACUUGCUGAGUGCCUUAUUCAAAGUGAAUGCUGUUGAUGUGCAGUGGCUAUGUGAUUCGUUGGAGAAGACUAAGGUUGAUCCGGAUACGCCAGCACCAGAGAAACUCACCAGAGCAACCAUUACCAGUGUUCGAAGUCAAGACGGGCCUGAUGCUGCUAAAGAUAUCUUUGGGAAAUCAUCAAGCGCCAUGAAUAGUCUUCUUGGCGCCGACAAGUGGAAUGCAAUUUCCAAAGACCUGCUAGGAUAACCUGAAUAUUCUACUAGACAUAAAUUUUGCAUUGCUGC